AUGAUGGGUAAGUCAGCAAUGGCAAGUUUAUGAACAGCGAGGUCAGAAAAACCCCUGUUCUGGUCUUAUGAAACUCAUCGUUAGCGCAUAUAGUUUCCCCAGGUUUUUACACAUAUUUUUGGUGAGGUUUGCGGCAAGACGUUACGUUUUCAAGACACAUGGUGAUUCGUAGCUUGUGCUGACAAUAAAAAAUCCAGUUUCCAGGCGAAACUCGCAAGGAAUGGGUUAAAAGUUUUCCUCUUUGGAAAACUUAUAUGGCAAAGCGCUGGCUCAAGUUUUAAGAAUUGACUUGUCGGUUCGAGGGAUCAUGCAAAACUAAGAUCAAGUCCUUGCACCUUGAGCAUUCCUGGCUUUCAAAAUUUUAGAAAUCAAUUGAUUUUUCCAACAGAAAAUAAUAUAUAGGCUUUUAGUACCACUGCUCCUCGCCCUGCCGGCAUUAAUAGCAACAGUUCGGGCCGGUGAUGUAGCACUAUUCGCGUCGAGUGGCUGCUAUUCCCACGACGUAAUGAUGAGGGAAGUUGGAGAGCAGUUCAACCAUUUGAAUGUCACCUGGCUUCAGGCGUAUCUCUUCGAAUUCGGCUUUGGCGAAAUGAAGAUUCCGAAACAUUGGGGCCGAGUUCAAGUCUCAAGGACGUUGAACAAUGGUAAGUCACAUUGUGGUUUAGUCUUCCAUUUUUUACGUCAGCAGACAGCUUGCUACUAGGUCCUUUUUUAUUCUCCAAAUUAGGGAAAAUUUUGGCGGUGUUCGGGUUUGUGACCUUUGCGGGAAAACACGUUAGCGCAAAAGGAGACCACCUUGCGGUGCGCUGAAGUGAUUGAAAAGGAUUAGAAAACAAAAGUGCAGAAGUACGGUAAGAGCGUAAUAGGACAAGAUGUUGAGUAGUAAACACUACUUUGGAAGAUCACCUUGAAAGAUCACAGAUGCUGACAAAUGACAGCUCUCUCUUUUUCCGUGCUCUUUCGCAAAACAGACCGUUGAAACAUCGACGCCGCGCGUAAGGCGCGAGCCAUCCCUUUCCGGAAUCAAAACAUGACGAAGAUAGCCCAUCUUUAAAAUCUCUGUUUACAGUGGCCGAAAUGAACGAGCUUGGAGGCUUCUUAGUAUGGCUGGGAAAUGUUCCAUUGCAUUGGGAACGGUGGUGGGAUCUCCGUGGAGCUGCCUUCUUUCUCGAAAUCCUCAAAUACCAUCAACGCUUUUGCGAGGACUUCGUCAAAUCCAAAGAGUUUCUGGAUUACAAACAGAAAAACAACAACAAUGUCGAUCUGCUCGUCAUCGAUCACUUCCUACAGGUACGAUGAAUCAAAGCGCGUAUUUUAAAGCCAAUUUAUGACAUCUACAGUGAUGGACCUGAUCCAGUGGCAAAAACGUAUCAUUUUGCAUCCGGGAAGUAUCGAAAAUGCAGCAAAAUACCUCCCUCUCCAACAAAAAAACAUCAUUUUGAAUAGUGCGCCUUUUAUCUCACAAAAAGAGCGGGCGAGCUAUUGAAAUCGGGAUCUUUUUAGUUGGAGAGGGAGGCAUUUUGCUGCAUUUUUGAUACUUUCCGGAUGCAAAAUGGUACGUUUUUGCCACUGCAACAGAUCCGCCACUGUAGAAGUGUUACCGUGUGUUACAACAGCAAGUACGCCCGUUUUAGGAAUGCAUGGUUGGCGCCGCGUCGCUUCUCAACGCUUCAACCGUUCAGUUCAGUAAUUGGCCAAUUGCUGAUGGCUACAUUACGUCACUAAAUGUUCCCGCAAAUCCCUCAAGCACCCCGAAAACUGGAAACGCGUUUUCGUCGACAAAGACCAUGGAAUUUGGAAUCAGAGUGAAGAAUACCAUCUUCCACUCAUUGAUUGUUUUGGCCAGAGUGAUCCAAUCUUAUGUUGUGCAGUCAAUUUACAAAACAUGGGGAUAUGACGUAAGUCUUUUCAAUUCGUUUUCCUCCAAAUUCUCACCGUCACAUUUGCAGCGCAAUCGCCCGCAAACUCUCAGUUCUGAGCCAUUAAAAAACUAACUACUCAAUCUGCAGUAAAUACAAAUUUCAGGUGGACAUAAUCGAUGUGGAAGCCAAGCACAUAAUGUACGCAAGUCGCGGAGAAUUCAUGGCGGAGCCCGUGCGUCCGCUCAACAAUCGUAUCAAAUACUUUGGGUGCUCACGUUGCGGGUAAGAAUUCUUUGCUAAAAUCACGCCGCUUGCAGCGAACGAGGGGUUCCUCUACGCCUCAAGGUUAACUAAAGAUUAAUCGUUUUUUGUUGAAACAUUACCCCGAGAAAAAUGGGGUUUACUGACUUCUUUCAAACUACAACAAACGUUCAACUGGCUUCUGAAUGACCUUCAAAAUUGUUCGUAAUGUGCGUAAUACAACUCGCUCAAAAUGUGAUAUAGUGGGAAUGUGCUUCAAAUCGCCAAAAAAGUUCGAAAUUAACUUUCGGAAAGACUAAAAUCGUGCGAAAUGAACUCCUUUUCAAUCAUAAAGGAUUCGUUGAGAAAUUCUCCAAACGACUAUAAAGACUCCACAGAUACAUUUUAAUCCCUGAUUUCAGUGACCCAGAGCAAUACAAAAUCCGUCGUCCAGCUGAAUUUAUCCCAACAACCACUUCAACAGCACCUCGUCAAGCAACUAUUGACCUCACUCUCCACCACAGGAAUUUCACCGUCCCCUCUCCGGCGCUCCUGAAGUCCUACAACAUUUCGCUUUGUACGGAAUGCGCGGAAGUUUUGAAUCUCCCACAGAACCGGACGGAGACGGCCGAAGAUUCGACUGGCCGCGUUUUAUCGGUUCAGGAGACCCGAUGGAUCCAAAAUAAAUUGGAUUUCCCACUGAUCGACUGGGAUUUAUUGGAGGAAAAACCUUUUGUCUUGGUCAGCUUUGGCAGUGUAGCGCAUGUAAGCACAAACUUUCUGAUGUGUUAAUCUUUUUGCUUACUAAAUUAAUGGCUGAUAACUUUAGGCAAAAUACAUGCCCGACGCUUUGUUCGACCGGUUUUUGGCGGACUUUGGCAAAAGUCCGCACACCAUUCUCUGGCAAACAAACGACGUCACCGAGAGAUUGAAAAACCGUACGAUACCUUCAAACCUCCACAUCAUUAGAUGGGUCCCAAUGAAGGUUAUGUUGGGUAAGCUCCAGAAAGCACUCAGAGCUCUGUUUUUGAUCAUUUCGGCCCUACAUUACAUGAUAUCGUCUGACCACAUUAUAAUGCAUUCGUUUCAGCGCAUCAUAACCUCCACUACGCCAUGUUGCAUUGCGGUGUGAAUACGGUCAACGAGCUUUUAUCCUUUGGAAUUCCGAUCCUUUCAGUGCCAAUGCAAGGCGAUCAGCCCUCAAAUUCGCGGCGUCUGAAAGACCUUGGUCUGGCCGACCUUGCGUCCAUCGCCGACUUUUGGCAACCCGACGGCUUGGCCAAAGUCAUGAGCGACUUUGAAGACGGCCUACCGGAACGUCGAAUCCGUGCAAAAAAAGUCAAACAAAUGUUUAGCGACUAUCGCGACUUGCACGGUGGGGAUCAACACUUCUGGCUCGAUUGGGCCAAACGGCACGGUCAGAUGUUCAGGGAUCGUGGCGAGACCCAAAAGUAUUUCGAAAUGAAAUACCGCCCGAGUUUUGAAUACUACGCUGUUAGAGAAUUAGCCGUUUAUGGGUCGUUGUUAGUAGGACUAGUGCUAUUCUUGUCUCAGUAA